AUGGCGCCCCUCCCAAUCAGCGUCGCCGAUAGUCAGAACAAGGGAAAGCCCAAGCAUACCUUUGCCAGACCACAGAAGCCUUCGCUUUGGACAAAGUUCAUUCUUCUUGCUGUAGCGACAGCUGUCGUCAUCCAUACGUUGUGGGGGAUGCCCGAUGCUGUCCACAAGCUACGCACUUGUCGUCAGACACGCGACUGUAGUCGUUUCAAUGCAUUGAAUGACAGAGCACGCUGCAUUCUGUCCAACACGCCAUUGAUAGAUGGGCACGUUGAUUUCCCAUUGGUGCUUCGUCUAGUGUACGGCAACAAGAUUGAGGGUUCAGCGUUCCGGGAGGCUUUUGAAAAUGGGACUUUGCCGGGGCACGUGGAUCUGCAUCGUUUGCGACAGGGCGCCUCAGGUGGUGCUUUUUGGAGUGUCUACGCCCCUUGUCCCAAAGAUGACAGUGACUUCUCCGACGAGAAUUACGCUACAAGUGUCAAGUAUACACUUGACCAGAUUGAUGUCACCAACAGGCUGCAGAAGCUAUAUCCUAAUGACUUCUCCCAGGCGGUUGACAGCAAGACCGCCUUGCGUGCCUUCAAGCACGGCAAGCUCAUUUCACCCCUUGGUGUUGAAGGGCUGCACCAGAUCGGAAACAAAGUAUCUAAUUUGAGGUUGUUCUAUGAUCUCGGCGUUCGCUAUGCAACCCUCACGCAUAACUGUCACAAUAAGUUCGCUGAUGCUGCUAUUCUGGACGGGCCGACCAGAAAGGCGCCGCCAAAGUGGCAUGGCGUCAGUCCCAUUGGGCGCAAGCUUGUUCAUGAGAUGAACAGAAUCGGCAUGAUUGUUGAUCUUGCUCAUGCGGAGGCGAGGGUUGGGAAGGCGUACAGCAUCUGCCCGCACCCGCGAAAUGUGAAUGAUGGCAUCCUGGAGCUCGUCAAGAGACAUAACUCCUUGGUCAUGGUCAACAUUGCGCCGGAGUUUAUUUCUUGCAUUGACAAUGGCAAUGAAAAUGGUAUUCCGGAUCCGGAUCCAGAAAAUGCUUCAAUCCAGCAAGUAGCACGUCAUAUUCUGCACAUCGGCAACCUGAUUGGCUUUGAUCACGUCGGCGUCGGGACAGAUUUUGACGGUAUUCCAUCAGUCCCAGAGGGGUUUGCUGAUGUGAGCAAGUAUCCAGACCUUGUUGUUGAGCUGCUCAAGAAUGGAGUCAGUGAUUCAGAUGCCUCGAAAGUUAUCGGCGGUAACCUCCUGCGGGUAUGGGCUGCAGUUGACGCUGUUGCAGCGGAGCUCCAAGCUGCUGGUGAACCAGCUUUGGAGGACGAGAUAUAA